AUGGAUGUUUCCUCUAUAUGUUCUUUCCCGCCCUUUGGUAACGAAGUGAUUCAUUCCAGCGCGUCACUUACAAGAAAUGAUGCGUUAGCGAGAGUUUCUUGUUCGGAUUCGGAUAAUAACAAAAGUGUUUUGCCUCCAAUAUCUUCGAUUUUAUGUCCUUUGACACAAUCUGUCCCUAUGAAAACAUCCUUGAGCCAUCAUGAUGACUCUUCAAUGACUAUGCCUCCUCCUUAUUUACAAUCUUCAACCUCUAAACAUCAUCCGAUAAAUUCUGAAUCUCGGCUUGAGCACCAUGCAAGUUCUGUUAGUUCUCCUUCCAUCGUAAAUCAUGCGUCGGCUUCUCUCGAUAAUUUAUCACGAGGACAACCUUCACAGAAACAACAUACUCAUUGUUUAAGGACUUCACAUUCAACCUCACCAAGUCCAGGGCAUAAUUCACCAGUCGUCCAUUCAUUAUUAAAUGUUCGUUCUGGUGAAUCUUCUUCCUCUCCAUCCCAACAGAUUUCCGUUCAGUCAAAGUCUGAGACGGUUGACCAUCCUCAUGAAAAUAAUAUUCACUUACAA